AUGGGCGCACGCCUUGGGCAGGUGCUGUGGGCUUUGACGGCGGUCGACUCUAGGUCCUUCAACUUGAGAGCCGCGCCCGGACGAGCCGUGCGGGCGAUGGUGCCUCUCAUUGAUCUUUUGAACACCUUUGUGCCGGUCGCCUCAGGGCCGUGCUGCUGGAACUGUCAGUUUUCCGGGGACUUUGAUUCUGGCGCAGAGCUGAAGGCUGCUAGCCACAUCCAGCCAGGAGACGAGCUGACUCAUCUGUAUAGUGAGCUCUCCUCUGCAGCGCUGUGGGCAAGCUACGGCUUCGUCCCUGACGAGCCAAUGGAAAAUCCGCACGAGGCCGCCUUGAUCGACGUGCCACUGGAAGAGGAGGCCGUGUCGUCUAACAGGGAGCUUCUGGGAUCGCUGGCAGCGAGGCAUUGGCGAGACGAGAAGACCCUGCUGUUCGAAGUCCCCUGGGAUGCGGAGGAGGAGACCGGCCCUCUGUAUGCUACGCUGUUUGCGCUGCUUGCGCGGGAAGGAGAGUCUGCAGAGCUGGCCGGGGACGGCGCCGUCCCCGCAAGGCUGAGGCUAGCCGCGGCAGAGGUCGUCCGACAAAGGAUCCAGGAAGCCUUGCAAAAGAAUCUUGCAAGUGAGCGGGAGCUGUCUCGCAAAGAUGUGGCCGGCAGAAAGCACACCGACUUCGAGGUCAAGCUACAUGCAGCUGCAAUGCAGCUUCUGCGAAACGAGAGGCCUCUCUUGGAGGAUGAGCUGGCCUUCACAGAAGAUCAGUGUUUGUCGUUUGCGGGCGAGUUGGAACCUGAUGGCAGCUAG